UGGCUGUUGGGCUGCGGAGGAUCCAGGUGCCCGACUGGUCGGGGCCUCCGGUGUGCUGCUCGUCCCCGCUGCCCGCCUCCCGCUCAGGAGGAAGCCAUGGCGCUCCGCGUCACCAGGAACACGAAAAUUAGUGCUGAAAAUAAAGGGAAGAUCACCAUGGCAGGCGCCAAGCGCGUGCCUGUGGCCACGGUGGCCGCCUCCAAGCCGGGCCUGAGGCCCAGAACGGCCCUUGGAGACAUUGGGAACAAAGUCAGUGAGCAGCUGCAGGCCAAAGGGCCUCUUAAGAAGGAAGCCAAAACUUUGCCUACUGGAAAAGUCCCUGCUAAGAAACCAAUAAAACCUUCGGAAAGGGUGGUUGUGCCUGCAUCUGUGCCCGAGCCAGAGCCCGAACCACAGCCACAGCCCGAGCCCGAGCCCGAGCCCGAGCCCAAGCUGGAGCCUGUGAAUGGGGAGAAGCAAUCGCCUGAACCUAUUCUGGUGGACACGCCCGCCGCCAGCCCGAUGGAGACAUCCGUGUGCGAGCCACCUGCGGAGGAGUACCUGUGUCAGGCCUUCUCCGACGUCAUCCUCGCCGUGAGCGACGUGGACGCCGAGGACGGAGCUGAUCCAAACCUUUGCAGUGAAUACGUGAAAGACAUCUAUGCUUACCUAAGACAGCUUGAGGCAGAGCAGUCGGUCAAACCGAAAUACCUGCUGGGUCGGGAAGUGACUGGCAACAUGAGGGCCAUCCUGAUUGACUGGCUGGUGCAGGUGCAGAUGAAGUUCCGGCUCCUGCAGGAGACCAUGUACAUGACCGUGGCCAUCAUCGAUCGGUUCAUGCAGGACAACUGUGUGCCCAAGAAGAUGCUGCAGCUGGUUGGCGUCACUGCCAUGUUUAUCGCAAGUAAAUAUGAAGAAAUGUACCCUCCAGAAAUCGGCGACUUCGCUUUCGUGACUAACAACACUUACACCAAGCACCAGAUCAGACAGAUGGAAAUGAAGAUCCUCCGAGCUCUGAACUUCGGCCUGGGUCGCCCUCUCCCCCUGCACUUCCUUCGGCGAGCAUCCAAGAUCGCAGAGGUGGAUGUUGAGCUGCACACUUUAGCCAAAUACCUGAUGGAACUGACGAUGCUGGACUAUGACAUGGUGCACUUUGCCCCUUCUCAGAUCGCGGCAGGCGCUUUCUGCUUAGCACUGAAAAUUCUUGAUAAUGGCGAAUGGACCCCAACUCUGCAGCACUACCUCUGCUACACUGAAGAGUCUCUUCUGCCCAUCAUGCAGCACCUGGCUAAGAACCUGGUCAUGGUGAACCGCGGGCUUACCAAGCACAUGACCAUCAAGAACAAGUAUGCCACUUCCAAGCAUGCCAAGAUCAGCACUCUGAGCCAGCUGAAUUCUGCACUGGUUCACGACUUGGCCAAGGCCGUGGCAAAGGUGUAAUUUAUAAACCCGAGUUUUGAAGUACUAUAUCCACAAAUAAAAUUGGCACCAUGUGCCACCCUGUAUAUAUUAUAUACUACGCUCACUUUUAAUAAAGGCUGUGACCCUUUUUAUAGCUUAACUUUUCUGAAUGUGGUAACCUAAAAGGUGUGGUGGGAAAUAAUUAAAACUGCUUUUCAUUUACCUGAGUAUCAAAUUAACGUGUAAAUACUUGGCGUGUGUAUGUUCAUGUACUUCUUAAAUGCAGCUUUUACUUUGCGAACACAAACUCGUGAGCCACUAAAGGUUUCUAAAAUGUGGCAAGGCAUCAUUUGGGAGACUCUUCUUGUUCUGUUCCAAAGUAAAAGUCUGCCAGCUCCUGCCAGUCUCUCUGGAGUCUGGGCUUCAGCUGCUUUUGCUUUCCUGCUAAAUGACUCGUGACCAUUUGUAGCAUUGAAAUCCAAGUUACCUUAAACUUUUUCACAUUGAAAAGUAAACAAAACCAUCAUUUACGUUUUAAAUUCAGUCCUUUUUUUGUGUGUUUCUUUUUUGCGUAUUUGUGUGUAAUAUCGCAUUGUGUGUUGUACAGUCCCUUAAGUUUGUUUCCAGACUCCCACGGUUAAUUCUGUAUGGAAACCAUUUGAAACCAUGUGUUUGUUUAUGCUAGCUUCCCCAAAGUGUGCAUCUUAGGCUGCCACAGGUACAGCAAGGUGAAGUGUUCCAUGUCACCAUGUGCUGGUUCCUUGGCACCUUUGUUAGAAGCAGCGGGAGCCCGCUUCAUCUCUGAAUCAGACGGCCAAGAGGAUCCUGUGUCACUUCAUGUUCUGGUAGUAAAUUGAAUAAAUUGUCUACUAAUAAUA